UCGAUUUUUGUCGAUAGGCCGUGUAUUGCUGUAAUCGCUAUUUAAUGUGAACGUAAUUGUCAUCACUGUUGCAUACUUACAUGUUAUUAAACUAUUGUUGGUCUGUGAACACGAACAUAAAUUUACCAAGUUUUCAAUUGUCGAUCGUUUCGAUUACAGAACUCUAAUUGCGUGGACGUCCAGGUCAUCGAGUCUGUCCGAACGUAAUACAAUCAUGUUUACGAAAAUCAUGUCACGUAUUAACAAAAAAGGCAUCCCGUUGACACCAAUGUCCAAGAAAACGAUGCCCAGCUUGUACAAGACUACUGUCGCUUUGAAAAAAUGGGGUCUUUCCGGAUUGUCUUUUGGUGUAACAAGUUUUGUACUACUAUGUUAUAUGACAGAAUGGCGUGCUGUGCUAAAGUUUUUUCCUUACUACAAUGGAAAAUAUAGCCAGCUAGAUAUUGAAGAUAACUUGAAUAAAAUUCACGAAGCCGAGCUUACCCAAGAACGCAUAGAAAAUGCUGCAAGAGAUUUCCAUCAUGAGAUGUAAAAUUCGCUGCUGAAAAUAAAGAAUAAUGCUUUAAAUUUUUAAGUUUUAAAAUAAUAUAGUAGAAAAUAAAAAUUGGUACAUAAUAUUAUAGGAAUGAAUUGUUAUUCCAUAAAUAAAAUUUAAAUAACUUAUGUACUUAAUUUAAUAUUAAAUUUCAUAAGUAUUUAUU